AUGGCUUCUUCGCCCCAAUCAACCGAAGAUGCUUCCCUCUCUUUCCAAUCUCAGCAAGAAAUAGAUGAAAGUGCAGCUACUGUCUCUCAGUAUGAGACCGAGGGAAGUGCAACGCCCACCAUCAACAGCACCACCAUUGAGCCCGACUUCAAUGAGAAAGCCUCGAGCGUGCCUGCAGAAAAGCCGAAUGCAGAUGACUGGGCAUUCGCGCACAGAGUGCACCGCUUGAAGGAGCGAGAGAUCGAGGCCGGGCUCCAAGGUCGUGAACUGGGUGUCACCUGGCGAAGUCUCAAUGCCGAAGUUCCUGCAGCCGAUUCCGCUGUCAAUCACAACGCCCUGUCCCAAUUCGACCUGCUGCAUCACUGGAGGACCUUCCGCCAAAAGCCCCCACUGAAGAAGAUUCUCUCUGACAGCCAUGGAUGUGUCAAACCCGGCGAAAUGCUGUUGGUUCUGGGCCGUCCCGGAUCUGGCUGCACGACUUUGUUGAAACUCCUGGCGAACCGUCGGGGUGGCUAUACCGUGGACGGAGAUUUGCUGUUCGGGACAAUGGACCACAAAGAAGCCGAGCAGUAUCGAGGCCAAAUUGUGAUGAAUACAGAAGAAGAAAUCUUUUAUCCGACUUUGACAGUUGGUGACACGAUGGACUUCGCAACCAAGAACAAAGUCCUGUCCCACCGGCCAUCCGAUCUACCCACAGCGAGAAAAUACCGAGAAGACUCGAAAGAGUUUCUUCUCGAGGCUUUAGGCAUCUCUCAUACAGCCAAUACCAAAGUUGGAAAUGAGUAUGUUCGGGGUGUAUCUGGUGGCGAAAGAAAGCGUGUCUCGAUCAUUGAGUGUCUGGCCACUCGCGGUUCUGUGUUCUGUUGGGAUAACAGCACACGUGGUCUAGAUGCAAGCUCAGCACUCGACUGGACAAAAUGCAUACGAUCAUUAACAGAUAACCUGGGCCUGGCAUCUAUUGUUACCCUCUACCAAGCAGGAAACGGCAUUUACGACUUGUUUGACAAGGUUUUGGUGCUGGAUGAAGGGGAGGAGAUCUACUAUGGCCCUAUGACUGAUGCUCGACCUUUCCUCGAAGGUGCUGGUUUCAUGUGUCGUGAAGGUGCAAAUGUGGCAGACUACCUCACAGGUGUUACAGUGCCUACCGAACGCGCCAUUCUACCCAAUCAUGAGAACUCGUUUCCUCGCACAGCCAAAGAGAUUCGAAAUCUCUAUGAGCAAUCACCGACUUUCAAGCAAAUGGUACAAGAGGAAGAAGAGUAUCCGACCACUGUCGCUGCCAAGGAACAUACCGCAGCCUUCCAAAAAACCGCUGCACUGGAGAAGCACAAAUCUUUGGGUAACAACAGUGUCUUCACCGUCAGUCUAUACCACCAAGUGCUUGCCUGUGUUGUUCGACAAUAUCAGAUCAUUUGGAACGACAAAGCCACUUUUGCGAUUCAGCAGAUCUCCGCCCUCAUCCAAUCGCUCAUCGUCGGCUCCCUAUUCUAUGACGCCUCAGCAAGCAGCUCUGGACUUUUCCUCAAAUCCGGGUCUAUCUUCUUCGCAAUCCUAUACAACGGAAUCUUGACUCCAAUGUCUGAAGUCGUUGAUUCUUUCACUGGUCGCCCUGUGCUCAUCAAGCAUAAGCAUUUUGCACUGUUCCACCCAGCCACAUUCUGCUUAUCUCAAAUUGUUCUUGAUGUUCCCAUCAUCCUGUUCCAGGUCUCUGUUUUUUCCUUGGUUCUGUACUUCAUGACAGGGCUUGAUAUGGAUGCCGCCAAAUUCUUCACCUAUUGGAUUGUUUUGUUUGCUGUCACUAUGUGCUUAACGCAAAUGUUCCGCGGAAUUGGGGCUCUUUUCUCGACUUUCGAUGGCGCCUCAAAGAUCUCGGGAUUUCUUGUCACUGCGCUGGUGGUCUACGCGGGAUACAUGAUCCCGAGACCGGAAAUGCACAUGUGGUUUGGAUGGAUCUUUUACGUAAAUCCUAUGGCUUAUGCCUUCGAGGCUCUUGCUGCCAACGAGUUCCACGGCAAAAUCAUUCCUUGCGCAGACAACAACCUCAUCCCGAAUGGCGAAGCAUACCUGAACUCCAGCCAUUCAGCAUGUUCGGGUGUGCAGGGCGCCACGAUGGGGGCCAAUUUUGUCACGGGUGACCAAUACCUUGCUGCCCUCGAUUAUUCCCACGGUCACAUAUGGCGGAAUUUCGGUAUCAUCUGGGCAUUCUGGGCUUUCAAUGUUAUCAUCACUGUGGCCUUCACUAUGUCAUGGAACGACAGCUCCGAAUCAGGAUCUUCACUAUUGAUUCCCUACGAAAAGCGACACCACCAUGCUCGAUCUACGGACGAGGAGUCACAAUCUGGACCUCAAGGAGCCACCAAACUUGAUGAAAACAACGACAACCCUGGGAACUUGGCACGCAAUUCUUCGAUUUUCACCUGGAAAGAUCUCACCUAUACCGUCAAAACACCCACGGGAGACCGGAUCCUUCUCGACAAAGUGUAUGGCUGGGUCCAACCUGGCUCACUGACGGCAUUGAUGGGGUCCAGUGGAGCCGGAAAAACUACUCUGUUGGACGUGCUCGCCCAGCGCAAGACGGACGGCACAAUUCACGGAUCUGUUUUAGUCGACGGUCGCCCCCUUCCUAUCUCAUUCCAACGGUCUUCUGGGUACUGCGAGCAACUAGAUGUCCACGAGCCACAUGCCACUGUCCGCGAAGCUCUUGAAUUUUCUGCUCUUCUACGACAACCGAGUCAUAUUCCGAAAGCAGAGAAGUUGGCCUACGUCGAAACCAUUAUUAACCUCCUUGAGCUUCACGAUAUCUCGGACACCCUGAUUGGUCAAGUUGGUAGUGGUCUCAACAUCGAGCAGCGGAAGCGGGUGACCAUUGGAGUCGAAUUGGUCUCCAAACCCAAGAUCCUGAUCUUCCUUGACGAACCGACAUCUGGACUGGACGGUCAAUCCGCGUUCAAUACCGUCCGCUUUUUGCGCAGACUUGCCGACCACGGACAAGCAGUUUUGGUGACGAUCCAUCAGCCUUCCGCGCAGCUCUUUUCCCAGUUCAACAACCUUCUCCUGCUGGCAAAAGGUGGGAAAAUGGUGUACUUCGGUGAGAUUGGUCAAGAUGGCUCCCGUAUCAAAGAAUACUUCGAAUAUAUGAUCGAUGUGGUCUCGGGAAAUAUUCUCCCUGGAGUCGAAUGGCAUCAAAAAUGGCUCGAAUCACCAGAGCACAAGUUCAUGGCCAACCAACUUGACAAGCUCGUUUCUGAUGCAGCUGCUCAACCUCCUGGGUUCGACGAUGACAACAAUGAAUUUGCGACCUCGCUUUGGACACAGACAAAGCUAGUCACCCAACGAAUGAGCGUUUCUAUGUACAGAAACACCGACUAUGUGAACAACAAGUUUGUUUUGCAUAUCAUUUUGGGUCUUUUCAACGGAUUCACUUUUUGGAAGAUAGGUGAUUCCGUUUCCGAUCUACAACAACGGCUUUUCGUCAUUUACAACGUGAUUUUCAUCUCACCCGGUGUCAUCAGUCAAUUGCAACCGCUUUUUAUUGAGCGUCGUGAAAUUUAUGACGCUCGCGAGAAGAAGAGUCGUAUGUAUUCAUGGAAGGCAUUCGUCACUGGCCUCAUUGUUUCGGAAUUUCCUUACCUCUGCCUCUGCGCCGUUUUUUACUUCGCCUGUUGUUACUACACAGUUGGUUUCCCGACCGCAUCUAGCCGUGCUGGAGCAUCAUUCUUCGUGAUCUGGCUCUACGAAUUCAUUUACACCGGCUUGGGCCAGGCGAUUGCUGCCUACGCCCCGAAUGCAACGUUUGCUGCUUUGGCGAAUCCAUUGAUUCUCGGUACAAUCUUCGCUUGCUGCGGUAUGCUUGUCCCGUACAGGCAAAUCACGGUCUUUUGGCGGUACUGGCUCUACUACCUCAACCCGUUCACGUACGUCACAGGGUCUCUACUUGUCUUUGGCAUCCACGACGUGGAAGUCAAUUGUAAGGAGAACGAACUUGCAGUUUUCGACCCUCCCAGUGGGCAAACUUGUGGAUCUUACCUUGCCUCCUUCAUGCAAGGGGAAGGGUCCCGAACCAACCUCAUCAACCCCAAUGCCACGCAAAGCUGUCAAGUCUGCGAGUACCGAAGUGGAAACGACUACUUGUAUGGCCUCAACUUGAACAAAUACCUCGACGGUUGGCGCGAUGCGGCGAUUGUUGUUAUUUUUGUCAUCAGCUCCUACGGUAUGGUUUACUUGAUGAUGAAGUUGAGGACAAAGGCGUCCAAGAAGGCUGAAUAG